AUGGCGGAUUACUUCUCGCUCCCGAUCUUUUUCAUCACCUUCCGCGAGGCGCUCGAGACAGCCAUAAUUGUUUCUGUUCUCUUGGCACUCAUCAAGAGAACAUUGACUCCCCAAGAUGACCCUUCACUUCGCCAAAAGCUGGCCAAUCAGGUCUGGCUUGGAACUGCUGUCGGAAUGGUCACUGUGAUCAUCCUAGGAAUCAUCGUCAUGGCUGGUGUUUAUGGCCUUGAGUCAGAGUCGCUAGCCGGCGCAGAAGAUAUCUGGGAAGGUCUCUUCUCGCUUGGUGCCUCGAUCAUCAUCACCAUCAUGGGAGCUGUGCUUUUGCGUGUCUCGAAGCUCCAAGACAAAUGGCGCAUCAAGCUUUCCCAGGCUCUGAGCCCGAGCUCGACCCAGAAAGGGCCCUUCCUCGAACGCUUCAAGUAUCUAAGCGAGAAGUAUGCUCUGUUUGUGCUGCCGUUCAUCACGAUUCUGCGAGAAGGCUUUGAAGCCGUACUAUUCAUUGCUGGUGUUGGCCUGGGUAUAUCACCCGCAUCUAUUCCGCUGCCAGCUAUCACCGGCCUUCUGACUGGUGCUUUUAUUGGAUAUUUAAUCUAUAAAGGAUCCAAUGUUGCACCCAUCCAGUAUUUCUUGAUCCUAUCUACAUGCUUCCUCUAUCUUGUCGGAGCGGGCCUCUUCUCUAAGGGUGUUUGGCAUCUAGAAGCGUAUCAGUGGAACAUGAUCGUUGGCGGCGAUGCUGCAGAGCUCGGAUCGGGUCCAGGCUCAUAUGACAUCCGUAGGAGCGUCUGGCAUGUGAAUAACUCUGCCACGGUCGGGUCUGUGGUAUCAUACAAUCUCUACUGGAUCGCUGUGGCACUUGGAUUUGGGGUUAUGAUUUGCAAGGAGAAAGGAUACGGCCCAUUUGACAAGCGGGGCUUCAAGUCUGAUGAUGACCUCCGACCUCUUCUUGCAAACCCUCCCCGGUAG